ACUUCCGCCCUCGCCUCCACCGAGAAAGAUGGCGGAGGAACCGGAGUCUGUACUUCCCUUUCCUCCCUCAACUGCUGCUGGCGGCGAAGGACUGACAGACGUCUCCCCAGAAACAGUCACUCCGGAGCCUCCUUCUUCCGCUGCAGUAUCCCCUGGGACGGAGGAACCUGCCGGCGACACCAAGAAAAAAAUUGACAUCUUGCUAAAGGCUGUGGGAGACACCCCUAUUAUGAAAACAAAGAAGUGGGCUGUAGAGCGAACCCGAACCAUCCAAGGACUCAUUGACUUCAUCAAAAAGUUCCUUAAACUUGUGGCUUCAGAACAGUUGUUUAUUUACGUAAAUCAGUCUUUUGCUCCUUCCCCAGACCAGGAAGUUGGAACCCUCUAUGAGUGUUUUGGCAGUGAUGGUAAACUGGUCCUACAUUAUUGCAAAUCUCAGGCAUGGGGAUGAACCACAGAAAAGAACAACUUGCUACUUUAAAUGAAUUUCCACAGAGGAACCAGCUCUGAAAAGUUUUGGUGCUUGUGGCAAGAGACUUAACAGAUAUGACUCAUGUAUCUAUUCAUAUAUCUACUGUGACCCAUGUUUAUGUGUAAGCAAACAUCCAUAGAGUGGAUGGACUCACAAAAAUGCGAUUUGUAUUAAUACACAAAUUGUUAUAAAAGAUUGACGUUAGAGUGCACCCGUUGCUCCUACUUGUUACUACUAUAAUUGCUCCAGAUCUGCCUCCAAGGUUGAAAAGGCAACUAAGACUCCAACUUCAUUAUUGGUUCUCAAAAUUACUGAAGUUGUUUACUUGUAGAAUUAGCACUCUGAUUUUUUUUUUUUUUUUUUUUUUUUUUUACCGUAAAAGUUAAUUUACUAAAGGUUUCUUCUUUGUUUUCUUUUUUUAAAACUUAUUCAGGAAACUUCAGCUUCUUUGGGAUAAUGAGAUAUUUACAUUUAUAUCUACUGUGUUAGCUUCUUGUAAAACAAAAUUACAUUGACCUACCAUCUGAAUACCUUAUAUAGUCCAAUAGAGGGCAGCCGACCUUGCAGAAAGGGUUUGGCUGUUUGGUUUUACAUCUUUGCCAGGUUUUAUCUUUUGCCUUAGGGGAAAACACUGUUGUUGCAAAUUUCUAGUUGGCAUUCAUCAAGGAGAGCAAGCAUGUUGACAGACUGGAAGACUAUUAAAGAGAAUGUUCAUAGUUUAAGUAUUUUAUUAGCAAGCAGAAAGAAUUUAACAAAUAACAGGACAACUGAGUCGUACUGCUUUUUUCAGUCCUAUCACUUAAUGAUUCUUAAAUCCCAAUGGUAUAACUGGUGUUAUUCUGUCACAUGGAUGAGUAAACCUGGCAAUAUCUUUGAGUGUUCAUAAUGCAUUUUCCAUCUCAAAAGCACUCAAAGAAUAAUUUAAAAACAACCUUAGGUUUUACAUAUAUUUCAUGCCAUAAAUAAAAGUACCGUUUUUACUGAUAUUAUUAGACUGGUAAUCGCUUGAAGUGAGAUUUAACUCUUUCUUCAUUCUGUAUUAUAUUUGUAAUGCCAUAGUUUCAAAAAAGCAUUCCAAUAAAUUGAAUGGAAUGUCCAAACAGGAGCUAAGGUAUGAUUUUAUUGAAGGACUAGAACUACACUUAUGUCCCUUAAAUCCCAGAAUGCACUUUUGGUUAGUGAUUUGCCGUAUAUUAGAAUUAGGUGAUACUAAAUAACAGUUAACUUUACAAUGAUGAAAUCACUGUUCAGUUCUCAUUUUCUGCCCGAGAAUCUGAUUUCUUCAUUCUCCUUAAACCAAUGUCCCUGUAUAAUAAAUGAAUAUAGCUAAUAGCACUCAAAUAAUACAAGUUGAGUUGUGCGCAAUUGUAAGAUCAGGAAAGAAAUUUGUGUAUAUGUUGAAAGCUGGAAAGUGUGUACAGGUUGAGUAUUCCUUACCUGAAAUGCUUGGAACCAGAAGUGUUUUGGAUUCAGAUUUUUUUAAAUUUUUACAAUAUUCACAUACACACAAUGAGAUGUGUUGGGAUGGGACCCAAGUCUAAACACAAAAUUCAUUUAUGUUUCAUAUACACCUUAUACACAUAGCCUGAAGAUAAUUUUACACAAUAUCAUAUAAUAAUUUUGUGCAUGAAACAAAGUUUGUAUACAUAGAACCAUUAGAAAGCAAAGAUGUCAGUAUCUCACUCACCCAUAUGGACAGUCUGGUUGUUUGGUGGAAAAGAUACAUUGCAGCUGAAGGUGGCUGGGAGGCUCUUUUUUUUUCCUGGGGACCUGAAUUAACUUCUGUGCACCUGAGUUUUGACUGCAGCCCAUCCCGUGAUGUCAGGUGUGGAACUUUCCCCUUGUGGCUUCAUGGCACUCGAAAAGUUUAAGAUUUUGCUGCAUUUCAGAUUUGGGGUUUUGGGAUUAGGGAUGUUCAACCUGUAUUAUUUUCAAGUCAGAUAAGUUGGAUAUGGAAAAUAUCUAUUCUCUAAUUUUGUCCACUUACAGUUUACUGAAGGAAGUGAAUGUUUAUAUGCAUAUAUGUUUAACAAAUAGGGAAAAUACCUUGAAUUUACGUAUUAUUUGCCACUGAAGUUUCAGAUGAUAGAAUAUUUACUACCUCAACAAUCAAAAAUACUUGA